CGUGCAUCAUUUGUAGCAUCUGGGACUGCGGCUGCCGGUGCUGCCAACCUCUCUUCACCACCAAGCGCUGCAAUGCUAGUCGCUGCGGCUGUGCAGCGGGCGGCAGGGAGCCCCUGCUCCACAAGUGGGCGCGCUGCGGCCUCCUGCGUGCCCCGUGGCGUGAGGAGGUGCAGGAAUGCGCGGCUGCUCGUGCGCUCCUCAGCCCUGGAGCAGCUGGCGCCACCACCGAUCGACGAGGAGGAGGAUGCCCUGUUCUGUGGUGUCGAGGGCCAGGUCCUGUCCCGCCCCGCGCUGGCUGGCGGCAGCGGCAAGAAGUACCACAUCAUCACCUUUGGCUGCCAGAUGAACAGCGCCGACUCGGAGCGCAUGGCCGGGUGCCUGGAGGAGGCGGGGUACCGCUGCGUGGAGGAGGCGGGGCACGCGGACGUGCUGGUGUACAACACGUGCAGCAUCCGGGAGAAGGCGGAGCUGAAGCUGUACUCCGCUCUGGGGCGGCAGGCCAAGCGCAAGCGCCAGCACAUGGGCGACCUCAAGAUUGUGGUGGCGGGGUGCGUGGCGGCGCAGGAGGGGCACGCCCUGCUGCGCCGCGUGCCCGAGGUCGACCUGGUCAUGGGGCCCCACCACGCCAACCGCAUCGGCGACCUGCUGGAGCAGGUGGAGGCGGGGAGCCAGGUGGUGGCGGUGGAGCACGCGCCCAUAGAGGAGGACAUCACGGCGCCGCGACGCGACUCAGCAAUCACAGCCUGGGUCAACGUCAUUCACGGGUGCAACGAAAAGUGCACCUACUGCAUCGUGCCCUUCACGCGCGGCCAGGAGCAGAGCCGCACCCCCGAGGCCAUCCGGCGCGAGAUGCUGUCCCUGGGGGAGGCGGGGUACCGCGAGGUGACGCUGCUGGGGCAGAACGUGGACGCCUACGGCCGAGACCUGCCCGGCUUUGCGCCCGACAACUCGGGGCGCCGCGCCUGGACCUUCAAUGACCUGCUGCGACACGUGCACGACGUGCCAGGCAUCGCGCGCAUCCGCUUUGCCACCUCCCACCCCCGCUACUUCACGGAGCGCCUCAUCAGGGCAUGCGCCGAGCUGGACAAGCUCUGCGAGUUCUUCCACGUGCCCUUCCAGUCGGGGGACAACUACAUCCUGCGGGAGAUGAAGCGAGGCUACACCCACGAGCGGUACCGCGAGAUGGUGCACACCAUCCGGCGCCACAUGCCCGACGCCUCCAUCAGCGGCGACGCCAUCGUGGGGUUCCCCGGGGAGAGCGAGGAGCAGUUUGAGCGCACGGUGGCGCUGGUGGAGGAGGUGGGGUUCGACAGGGUCAACACCGCCGCCUACUCGCCGCGGCCGGGCACCCCCGCCGCCGUGUGGGACGGCCAGGUGGCGGACCUGGUGAAGGCGGACCGCCUCAACCGCCUGAAUGCGGUGGUGAACCGUGUGGCGGAGGAGCGGGCGCAGCGGUUCCUGGGCAGGGAGCUGGAGGUGUUGGUGGAGGGGCCCAACCCGCGCGACCCGGCGCAGGCGGUGGGGCGCACGCGGCACAACAAGCUGCUCUACUUUGCCGGCGACGGCGAGGCGCUGCGGGGGCAGCUGGUGGAUGUGCGGGUGGACCGCGUGCAUGCCUACACGCUGUACGGCAGCAUGGCGGGGUGAGGGCACCCUGGGCCCAGGCCUGCCUCCCUAUCCUGCUGUGAUUCUGCACCCCCCGCUCUUCCUUGCUUCUGACGGCCGCACCCUUCUGUUCUGACUACUCUUCUGUGCUCUCAAUAUUUCUGACGUUUAAUUUACUCCUCCCUGGGAGGAUAGCAGUUG